CCUCCGCGCGCCUCGCCCUUGGCCCCGCUGCGCGCGCUCCUGGCGCCCGAGUGAGCGCAGCGCGGGGCCGCGGUGGCCUGAGGCCUGCCCGCUGGGCCCUGUCGCUACGCAGCCUGAAAAACUGCGGCGUCCCAGGCUGAACUUGGCCUCGCGCCCGGGCGCUCUCGGAGCACCGAGGCGCGGCCCCGCGUGAAGCGCGCACCUGCCGAAGACGAAACAUGGGCAGGGGGUCCCAGGUCCCCCCAACGCCCCAGCCUCCUGUCGCCUGUCCUGUUAGCCAGCCCGGGCCACUUCCCGGAGGAGCGAGAUGAACUUCUCGGACUGUUUAGCAAUGGUUUCCUGACUGAUUGCUUAAUUAGACAAAGAAGAAAGCAAGGGAGAAGAAAAUUCCUAAGUGGGCAUUUGGUUUCCUGCCUCUUGACCAACAUCCAGCAUCGUGUGCGCAGCUCUGGCACCCAGACGGUUGAAAGAUGCUCAUAGCGGCAAUGUGCUUAGCCCUUCUGGGCUGCCUGCAGGCCCAGGAAUUCAAGGGACAUGUUUCUAUAAUCCUGCUGGGAGCAACCGGGGACCUAGCUAAGAAGUACCUGUGGCAGGGACUGUUUCAGCUCUACCUGGAUGAGGCUGGGAAGGGCCACAGUUUCAGCUUCCAUGGGGCUGCCCUGACAGCCCCCGAGCAGGGCCAGAAGCUCAUGGACAAGGCCUUGGAAUCCCUCUCCUGCCCCAAGGACUUGGCACCCAGUCACUGUGUUGAACUCAAGGGUCAGUUUCUACAGCUGAGCCAAUACCGCCAACUGAAGACAGCCGAGGACUAUCAGACCCUGAACAAGGACAUUGAGACCCAGGUCCGGCAGGAUGGGCUCUGGGAAGCUGGCAGGAUCUUCUACUUCUCUGUGCCACCCUUUGCCUAUGCAGACAUUGCCCGCAACAUCAACAGCAGCUGCCGACCACGGCCAGGUGCCUGGCUGCGGGUUGUUCUUGAAAAACCCUUUGGCCAUGACCACCUCUCAGCCCAGCAGCUGGCUUUAGAACUUGGAAGCUUUUUCCAGGAAGAGGAGAUGUAUCGGGUAGACCAUUACCUGGGCAAGCAGGCCGUGGCUCAGAUCCUGCCCUUCCGAGAUCAGAACCGUAAGGCCUUGGAUGGCCUCUGGAACAGGCACCACGUGGAGCGCGUGGAGAUCAUCAUGAAGGAGACCGUGGACGCAAAAGGCCGAGCCAGUUUCUAUGAGGAGUACGGUGUCAUCCGUGACACACUGCAGAACCACCUGACGGAGAUCCUCACGCUGGUGGCCAUGGAACUGCCCCAGAACAUCAGCAGCUCAGCCGCCGUGCUACAGCAUAAGCUCCAGACCUUCCAGGCCCUGCGGGGGCUGCAGAAGACCAGUGCCAUCCUGGGCCAGUACCAGGCCUAUAGUGGGCAGGUGCGUCAAGAGCUGCAGAAGCCAGACGGUUUCCAGAGCCUGACACCAACCUUUGCAGGUGUCCUUGUCCACGUCGACAACCUGCGCUGGGAGGGCGUCCCUUUCCUCUUGAUGUCUGGCAAGGCCUUGGACGAAAGAGUGGGCUACGUUCGGAUCUUGUUUAAGAACCGGGCAUACUGCACCCAGAGCGAGAGGCACUGGGCGUCCGCGCAGAGCCGGUGCCUGCCCCAGCAGAUUAUCUUCUACAUUGGACAUGGCGAGCUGGGCCACCCCACCAUCCUGGUCAGCCAGAACCUGUUCAAGCCCUACGUCCCCACCCAGAGCUGGACGGAGGUGCAGGGCCAGCCUGGGCUCCGCCUUUUUGGUCGUCCUCUGUCUGAUUACUAUGCCUAUAAACCUGUGCGGGAGCAAGAUGCCUACUCCACCCUCUUGUCUCACAUCUUCCACUGCCGAAAGGAGUCCUUCAUCACCACAGAGAACCUGUUGGCCUCCUGGGUCUUCUGGACCCCCUUACUGGACAGUCUGGCCCUCGAAGUUCCACGCCUUUACCCCGGGGGAGCAGAGAAUGGCCAUCUGCUGGAUUUUGAGUUCAGUGGUGGUCAGCUGUCCUUCUCCCAGCAGCAGCUAGAGGUGUUGAUGCCAGAGCUGGGGUCAGUCCCAAAGCCCAGUGACUUCCAGGUCCUCAGGGCCCAGUACAGAGAGAGCCCACUGAUCACUGCCUGGCCGGAGGAGCUGAUCUCUAAGCUAGCCGGUGACAUUGAAGCCACCGCAGUGCAGUCCGUACGACGCUUUGGCAAGUUCCACCUGGCACUGUCAGGGGGUUCCAGCCCCAUAGCCCUCUUCCAGCAGCUGGCCACAGGGCAUUACAGCUUCCCCUGGGCCCACACACACCUUUGGCUGGUUGAUGAGCGCUGCGUCCCUCUCUCAGACCCAGAGUCCAACUUCCAGGGCCUGCAGGCUCAUCUGCUGCAGCACGUUAGGGUACCCUACUACAACAUUCACCCCAUGCCGGUGCACCUGCACCAGCGGCUUUGUGCUGAAGAGGACCAGGGGGCCCAGACCUAUGCCAGCGACAUCUCAGCCCUGGUGGCCAACAGCAGCUUUGACCUGGUGCUGCUGGGCAUGGGCACUGAUGGGCACACAGCCUCCCUGUUCCCACAGUCACCCACGGGCCUGGAUGGAGAUCAGCUGGUGGUGCUGACGGAGAGCCCUUUCAGGCCAUACCAGCGCAUGAGCCUCAGCCUGCCCCUCAUCAACCGUGCCAAGAAGGUAGCUGUCCUGGUCAUGGGGAGGACAAAGCGUGAGAUCACCAUGCUGGUGAGCCGGGUGGGCCAUGAGCCCAAGAAGUGGCCCAUCUCCGGCGUGCUGCCUCUUUCUGGACAGCUGGUUUGGUACAUGGAUUACGAGGCCUUUCUGGGAUGACAGGCGCACCCUGGUCUCAGUCACUAUCGAACUUUCUGUCACCCACUCAAUGUGCCCCAGCUGUCCUGAGCCUGGUACCAGAGUCAGGCCCCAGAGAAGGGUGGACGAAGUUCUGCCGUGCUUCCUGGGCCCACUGGUUCUGUGUAAUUAUGGUGCCUGGACACAAAAACAAGGCAGAACUCGGACCUCUGCUUUGGAGAUGCCUCGAAACCCAGACAGGAGGGAAACUCUGAGGCCUCUCUCAGUUACUCGUCAGUGUCUGCAACGCAGAAUAAGACAGGGAGAGGCUGCACGUUAAAGAACCAGUGUGGUGUGUGCAGACUGGCCGGUGGUCCUGGGACUGGUUUCUGUAGGAAGAGGGGCCGGAGUUGGUGGAGAGAAAGAUGCAGACUCCUGGUGAGUGGGCCAGGCAAGAAGAGUAGACACAAUCCUGGGAUUGCACUGGGCAGCCUGCCUCUUCUGGAAUCCCGUCAUCCCUCUGUGCAUCUAGCUGACGUCUGGUCCUUCCUCAGGCAGCUUCUACUUCCUCAGUGCCUGACAGCCCUGUUCUCUGCAUUCCCAUUGCCCUCAGCCUCUCCCUAUAUACAAAGAAGAGACAGAUACAGACACUGCCAUGUCAACCCUGCUCCCCCAUCUAAAGACCUGGGCUCCCCUUUCCCCACUGAGAUCUGUUCUGCCCUCACGGGGCCACAGGUGUCUCUGAUCUAUUAGAUAGGGUGCUCUGUCUGCUCCUGGGGAGAUGACUACAGCUCACAGCCUCUUCCUGGAGUGUAUGUGGCCAAUUCCCAGCACUAGGGGACAGGCUGCAGCUAGCCCUCAUCACACUACCUCUCUAGGGGCCCCAAUCCUGGCAGCUGACUCUGCGGGUGUCUCCACCUCUCUUCACCACUAACCUGGUACCACUGGAACCAGGACAGACUGCUCCUAACUGCAGCCUCCUCCAGGGCCUCUGCAUUUUUAUUUUUUAAAAGCAAGCCAACAGCAUAAAGCAAACUUCUCAGGGCACGUGAAGCUUUUGUUUUGUCCUCCUGCUUAGUCACAUGGACAAGGCAGGGCAUAGAAGGGUUACCAUGGCCCCUGCCUCCCAGUCACGCUCUGUCGGUCACACAGAGUCUCAGUCUUUCGGAAUUUUCCCAGAGAGGGGCUUUCAUUUGGUGAGGAGCAUCAGGAAAGCUGUUUCUCUACUUUUGACUGUACUUUCUCCCAGGCAGUGCAUGCAAGGACCCUUGCUUUCACUAGAGAUGUGUGCACAGUGUAGCCUGAGCUGGGACUCUGUAUGAAAGGCACUCUUGUUAAAAUUCUGCUUCCUCUGGCCUCCAGUGACCCAGACUGACAGAACACCUCUAUUGCAAGAGAGCUACCCUGGGCAGAAAGGACGUGUAAUGCCCUGGGGCCCUUUUCUGGCUGGUGCUCACUUUUGUGGCUGGCAUCACAGGUAGUUGCAGUGAGGUUCCACCUUUGGCCAUGUGGGGGAGCUCACGUGCCACCACUCACAUUCCAUCCAGGAGGCAAGUUUAGUGCCAAACAUCAUCUCUUUGUUUUAUGCUCUGCCUCUCUGGCUUCUUAGCGUUCUCAUCUGUUCUUUAAGGACUCAGUCCUCUGAAGUUUCAAAAUCAGAGAGAAAGGGGCCUUGCAUGCCCCGGGAGAGAGGGUGAACAAGCUUUGUGUCACCAUGCUGAAUAACAGUGAGUCACUGCCCAGCCUGAGCUUAGAAUGUCCUGUUCUUACCCAGAAGAAUGACUCGCCUCUAUCUGUGGGGAGUUGCACAGGGGAGGCCAGUGUGGGGAAAUACCAAAGAUUUCCUUUCCGGAAGCAAGCACUAAUAAAACCGCGUUGGAAAGGUUGGCGGGAGACAUUGUCAGAGUUCUUGGCAUGCACCUGUGCGUGCCCUUUCCCCUUCUGCCCCAGGGUUAGGAAGGAGUGAUGCUCAGAGUCAGGACCACCGAGGCUGAUGCUCUUCAGACCCUGUGGUUCAUCAUCCACGGCAAGCAGUCACAUAAUCGGUGUCUUGAGUCUCAGGAAGGAGUUUUCAGCCUUAGAACCUGGGAUACCCUCAAUUUUCUAUUUUUCAUUAAAAAAAAAUGUUGCUUGCAAAUCACUUAUGCUGCGUCGUGCGUUGAUAACAGUGUGAAGAACACACCUUUGUCAGCUUGCUGCCUGUCAGCAAGUGGGGAUCUGAGGCUGGGAAGAGUGGAUGGGUGUCCAGGUCCCUGGGGAGAGGGGGAUGGAUGGUCACUUGUGUCUGGGACACAGCCUUCCCUCCCUGAAGUCCACUUCCAUGCAUGCUUCCCCAGUGAAGUGAGGUCCCCGCAGCUGUGGGGACCUCUGACCUUGCAAGCAUUCACCCUGUGCUGGCUCAGAGCCCCGGUGGAUGCUGCUGACUGCAUCCCCAUCCCUCCCUUAGGGAGGGGAAGGGAGGGAGGGGGGAGGAAACAGUGGAAGCAGAGGCCUGCCCCUUGCUCAGGUGGCUCUUGUGUGUCCUGUGCUGACUAUAGCACACCUUGUCCUGCUGACAGGCCAGUUUGCUGCCGGUGGGACCUCAGUGACUGAUGAUUUGAAACUGGAGUCCAGUGGCAGCCAGAAACUCUGUUAGGUUCUAGAGCCCAUUCCCAGCACCCACAAGGGCCUCACGUGGCCGUCAGGUUCCCUGAAUGGGCCCGUGAUUCCUCCGUGGGAAGAAUGUAGGGCAUGUGAAUGGCAGAAGGAGCCCUUGGGGUGACAUGCCAGUUAACAUCUCCAGCACAAACAUUGCAGCUGGGUGUCACAAGCUAGAUCUGACUUCCAGUCCUGGGCAAGUGUUCUUGCUAAUUAAUUGUGCGCUAAAUGGUCCCAUCUUCUUAAUUUCUGCUUCUUUUUCUUAUGAUUAAUUUUUUUAGUUUUAUGUGCAUUGGUGUUUUGCCUGCAUAUGUGUCUAUGUGAGGGAGUCAGAUCCCCAGAGCUGGAGUUACAGACAGUUGUGAGCUGCCAUGUGGGUGUUGGGAAUUGAACCCGGUCCUCUGGAAGAGCUGAUAGUGCUCUUAACCACGGAGCCAUCUCUCCAGCCCAUAUUCCCUGCUUCUUAUUGCCCUACAGAAAUACUCUCUUUUCACUGUCGUUCAGUUGGUUGCACAUAUGUCUUUUGCUUGCCUCAUGCUGCAGCCCACGUGGGCUCUAGACACAAGGCUGCCCUGCCUCCAGCCCUUCCCGCUCCACAGCAGAACUGACCCUCUAGGUAUCUAGGGAGUCCUUGCAAGAGUGUGGCCUCUGGGAAGGGGAGCAGGGCUCAAACCAGAAUGUGUUCCUGGAAGAUGCAAGGGGCAGAUGUCUUCCAGGAACACCAAAUCCUGUCUUCUGCAGGCUAGUGGCACCUUCUGCAGGUUCUUCACACCUAGAGAUGGGUGUGAGGAACCCCGAGAAUCCUUCACCUCCUAGCUGAGGAUGGUGUCAAUUCAUCACUGCUGUCACCAGCACAAGACAUCCUAGCAAGUGAUCUGAGGAUGCAUCACUGUGAUCUAGCAAGCCAUGGGGACGGAGAUGGCUUGGAUGUAUUGUCCCUCCAGCCAUCCCACAUUGGGAGUAUAUUUAUUUGCAUCCAAGGGGAUGUCCAUGUCUGUGUGUGACCAUGGACAGGGGUCUCAAAUUAAUGACACUCUGUUCAUUCUUUGACCUCCAAGGGUGAGCUUUGUUAAGGCUCCGUGUUGCUUCAGUGGCUGGUGUUUUCAAGGAAGUCCGUGUGUCUUUUCUGUCCCUUUCUGUCGAGUGGCAAAUAAUCUGCAUUUGCCAAGCACUGUUGAGUUCAUGAACAGCUGGGAGUUGGCACUGAGAGUACAGGUGUACACCGAGUGUGUGUGUGUGUUUGUGUGUGUGUGUGUGUGUGGUCUCUGGCUGUGCCUCACAGAGGGCUGGUUAUGAUGCAUUAUGCUCAACUGAUAGAGCACUUGCCUAACAUGCAAAAAGCCCUAGGUUCCAUUCCCACUGCCAAAUAAACUGGGCGUGAUGCUAUACACCUGUAAUCCUAGGAGGUGGAGGCGGGAGGACCGGGAAUUCAAGGCUAUCCUUGGCUACAUAGCAAGGUCAAACAAGCCUGGAUAGAUGAGAUCCUGUUUCAAAAAAAGCCUUGUGAAUGAAAAAGGUAAGGACUAGGUUAGCUGGGAGUGAGAACACCCAAGUUGUUUCCCUCAGUGUCUCUGGGGGGUCUGGUCCAGUUGACUCUUCCUGUGUCUGUCCACGUGGGAGAGCCGGGUGAGUGGACUCCAGCAGUUACCAGGGCCGCUCCUGCCCACCCGUGCCUGCAUGAGGAGCCUGAGUCCCCAGAGACCGUUGGACUUCUGAGUCACCCUGACAAACACCGAAGGAGGAAGGAUUUAUUUUGACUCAUGGGUCAUUUUAGCCCAAGGUCACUUGACUGUGCUGUUUGUGGGCCAGAACGGAGGCAGAAUGUCAUGGUGUGAGCAUGGUGACCCAGAAGUGGGAUAAAAGAGGCAGGGAAGGGGCAAAAGACAAGCAUGUCCUCCACAAGCACACUCAUGGGGAUUUGCUUUCUCCAGCGAAGGCUGACCUCCUGUCACCUCUGAGAAUGCUCUCAUAUUAUAAAGUCAGCAGGGGAUUAAUGCAUCCGUGACAUCAGCGUCUUCAGGACAGUUCUCCCAAGACCACCAGCUGCAGCCCAGCUCCCCAUGCAUGAGUCUGCAGACAAAUUCCACACAAGGUGUCACAGAAGGUCGCUACCAUGCUGAGCGCCUGGGGCGGGGUUGUGCUCUUACUCUCUGCUGGAUAGAAGGGAACUGGGGGUCUGGGCCUUUGUCAGGUCAGAAUGGCAGUGGGCAGUGGCAUAGGUGGGAAUGUCCAGGAGCAAGAAUGUGGGUUUUCCCCCCCCAUGAGGGAAACUCCCCCAAUCUUAGGGAGACUGGCACCUGCCUCAGAGAAUGAGAGACAUUCAGAAUAAGUGCCUUUUAAAACUUUCUGAGACUCUUUAUGUUUUCCUGUAUAUCAAAUGUAACAUUGGUUUUUUUUUUAAACAAUAAACUUGUUUAUUUGCCAAAAUU